GCUGAGUGCUCGGCGAUCGGCUGGUUGGCUUUCACCUCAGAAUUACCUUGCCGUACUGCCGCUGACGAAUAACGUUCAGUCGAGACCGAGCUCAUCCGCGAUACAGUUGAUUUUCGCAUCAAACAGACAAAAUGGCUGAUGUUCCAAAGCGUGAAGUUGAAAAUGUCGAAUUCGUUUUCGAAGUCAUGGGCUCCCCCGGUGAGGGCAUCGAUGCCGUCGACCUAGGUGAUGCCCUCCGCGCUCUGAACUUGAACCCCACCUUGGCGCUGAUCGAGAAGUUGGGCGGCACCAAGAAGCGCAACGAGAAGAAGAUCAAGCUGGAUGAGUUCCUGCCCAUCUACUCACAGGUCAAGAAGGAGAAGGAGCAGGGCUGCUACGAGGACUUCAUCGAGUGCUUGAAGCUCUACGACAAGGAGGAGAACGGCACCAUGUUGCUGGCUGAGCUGCAGCACGCCCUGCUGGCGCUUGGUGAGAACUUGGAUGACGAGCAGGUGGAGACCCUGUUCGCCGACUGCAUGGACCCCGAGGAUGAUGAAGGAUUUAUCCCCUACUCCCAGUUCGUCCAGCGCCUGAUGAGCGAUCCCGUCGUCUUCGACUAAACACAUUCCUCGCCAGAAUGUGUGACAGACCAGAUCAGCUAAAAUAGUUGAAAACAACAGCUUCAAACCAACUACAACAACACCAACAAACUUUUAGCGACAACCAUUCUCCAUAGAUGUUAUAUUCAUCGCUAACUCUCUCUAUCUCUCUCGUAUAUUAUUUUAAUUAAAAAUUACUUCUGCUACUACAACUGCAAAAUUGAACUUCAAGAUAAUAUUAUUUUUUAAAAAAUAAAAAAAUUUAAAUUAUAAAAUAACGAAAACAACAAAAAAACUGAAAAAUAUUCAAA